AUGACGUUCUCCACCGACGAGGCGGUCACCGCCGUGGCGGCGCCGGCUCAGGCGGGCCUGCAUUUCACGCCGUUCCCGCCGACGAAGGGCGCCGCCCGCGACUGCAAGAAGCUCGCCGCCGUGCACGUGGACCGCGCCACCCCCGGGUCCAUCGUGGGCGGCUCCUUGUUCGAGACCAUGAAGGCCUCCUCGCCGCGCCGCGCCGCCGACGCCGACGCCGAGCACGGCGACUGGAUGGAGAAGCACCCCUCGGCAUUGACGUGGUUCGAGGCGGCGCUCGGCGCGGCUAAGGGGAAGCAGAUCGUGAUGUUCCUGGACUACGACGGCACACUGUCGCCGAUCGUCGAGGACCCCGACCGCGCCGUUAUGUCCGAGGAGAUGAGGGAUGCCGUGCGUCGUGUCGCCGAGCACUUCCCCACCGCGAUUGUCAGCGGGAGAUGCAGGGACAAGGUGUUCAACUUCGUGAAGCUGAGGGAGCUGUACUACGCCGGGAGCCAUGGCAUGGACAUCGAGGGCCCAGCCAAGCAGUCCAACAAGCACGUCCAGGCAAAUGGCGAAGAAGUGGUUCACUACCAAGCGGGGAGGGAGUUCCUGCCUGUCAUCGAGGAGGUGUACCGCACGCUGACGGCCAGGAUGGAGGCCAUCGCCGGCGCCAGGGUGGAGCACAACAAGUACUGCCUCUCCGUCCACUUCCGCUGCGUCCAGGAGGAGGAAUGGAAUGCCGUGGAGGAGGAAGUCAGGUCGGUGCUCAAGGAGUACCCCCACCUCAAGCUCACUCAUGGCAGAAAGGUCCUGGAGAUUCGCCCCUCCAUCAAGUGGGACAAGGGCAAGGCCCUCGAGUUCCUGCUCGAGUCUCUCGGCUAUGCUGGGCGUAGCGACGUCUUCCCGAUUUACAUUGGAGAUGAUCGCACCGACGAGGACGCCUUCAAGGUGCUGCGCGGCAUGGGGCAGGGCAUCGGAAUCCUGGUGUCCAAGUUCCCAAAGGAGACGGCGGCAUCCUACUCGCUCCGCGACCCAGUCGAGGUCAAGGAGUUUCUUGGCAAGAUGGUGGAGCCCACCAAUGGCGACGGGCCAGUGAAGGCGGCCUAGUGCAGCAUGCAUGUCAACCAUUAGCUCAAUCAGACAUGGAUGGGGUGGAUGAUGGCGAGCAACAAAGGAGCUGAGCCUAUCUUUGGUUGCUUUCUUUUUGCUGCUCUAUGCAUGGAUAGUAGCCGCUCUACCGUACCUAGAACUUUGCACGCAUGCCCGAUAUAUCUGGCCGUGCGAUGGAGAAAACCUAGCUGCAUGCUAGGACCUUGUCUUGGGAGGUCCCUAUUAGUACUAGCUAGCUAUAUCCCUCCGGGCAAGGUCUUGUAAUUAGCCUUUGGUUCCAGUGACAGCGGAGAUGCAUGGCAGGGGGAGAG